AUGGCGCCCGCACAGAACGGAGAGAAGCUUAACGGCCACGGCAAGCUGCCGAGCGCCUCGAGCACGGCCAUCUCGGUGUCCCCUGCCGUCAAGGCCGAGAGGCUCGCCAGCCAGUCUAAGCCCAAGCCGAGCGCGCUCAAGCUCAAACCCACCAAGGCCGACAAGAAGGGCAUCGCAAACGCCUUUGAGCGGCACGGCCAGGUCAUCCAGGCGCGCGUGAAGCCACUUCCUAACCAGUCGGGUACCGCGGGGACGUUCUACGAGACGAGGCGAUGGGGGAGACUUCGGGACGACCUCAAGACCCUGCGUGGGGCUGACUUGAAGACCCUUAAGAACAUGGUGGUCGCCAAGGUCAAGGGCGAGAAGCUGUCGGAUGACAAGACCAUGAUCAUGGAGCGCGUCAUCCAGCUCGUGUCCAACCUGCCCAGCGACUCCAAGCUCCGCACGGAGCUGACCAACACCUUCCUUGGUGAGCUGUGGUACUCGCUCGAGCACCCGCCCUCGCUGUACGUCGGUGAGAAGUUCCAGUACCGCCAGGCUGAUGGCUCAUACAACAACAUCAUGUUCCCACAACUUGGCGCGGCCGGUACGGCGUACGCCCGCUCGGUCAACACCAACGUCCUGCGCCAGGGCGCGCUUCCCGACCCGAGCCUGAUCUACGACUCGGUCAUGAAGCGCACAGAGUACAAGGACCAUCCCAACAAGGUGUCGUCCGUUCUCUGGUACUGGGCUAGCAUCAUUAUUCAUGAUCUGUUCUGGACGGACUACCGCGACAUGAACAAGUCUAAGACCUCGUCGUACCUCGAUCUGUCCCCGCUCUACGGCAGCAACCAGGAGAUGCAAGACACCAUCCGCACGUUCAAGGACGGCAAGAUCAAGCCCGACUGCUUCGCCGACAAGCGCCUGCUCGGGAUGCCACCCGGAGUUGGUCUUUUGCUGAUCAUGCUCAACCGCGUCCACAACUACGUGGCCACCAACCUUGUGGCCAUCAACGAGGAUGGCAAGUUCACUCCGCCACCGCCGCAUCUUCAAGGUGAGCGCGCCGAGGCGGCCUAUAAGAAGUACGACAACGACGUGUUCCAGACCGCGCGCCUCGUCACCUCCGGCCUGUACAUCAACAUUACCCUCUUGGACUAUGUCCGCAACAUUGUCAACCUGAACCGUGUCGACACUACAUGGACACUCGACCCCCGCCAGAACACCGGUAUCGAUGCUGGCACAAACCAGGGUGCUGAGCGUGGUACUGGCAACGUGGUGUCCGCUGAGUUCAACCUCUGCUAUCGGUGGCACAGCUGUAUCUCGGCGAAGGACGACAAGUGGAUUGAGAACUUCUACCACGAGCUCUUCGGCAAGCCGGGCUCUGAGCUCACGACCCACGACCUGAUCAUGGGCUUCGCCAAGUACGAUGGCCUCAUCCCCGAGGACCCAUUGGAGCGUCCCUUCAACAAGUUCAAGCGCGGCCCUGACGGCAAGUUCAACGACGACGACCUAGUCAACUGCAUGAACGACUCCGUUGAGGACGUCGCCGGCUCCUUCGGCGCUCGCAACGUGCCGCAGUCCAUGCGCGCCAUCGAGAUCCUGGGUAUCAUCCAGGGCCGCAAGUGGAACGUCACUGGUCUGAACGAGUUCCGCAAGCACUUCGGCCUCAAGCCGUACGAGUCGUUCGAGGACAUCAACUCCGACCCCGGUGUUUCGGAUGCUCUGCGUCGUCUCUACGACCACCCCGACUUCGUCGAGCUCUACCCCGGUCUCGUAGCCGAGGAGCACAAGGCGCCCAUGGUCCCCGGUGUCGGUAUCGCGCCGACCUACACCAUCUCGCGUGUCGUGUUGUCCGACGCCGUCUGCCUGGUGCGUGGUGACCGCCACUACACCGUCGACUACAGCCCGCGCAAUCUCACCAACUGGGGUUACAACGACGUGCAGUACGAUCUCAACGUCAACCACGGCUGCGUAUUCUACAAGUUGUUCAUCCGCGCGUUCCCCAACCACUACAAGCACAACUCGGUGUACGCCCACUACCCCAUGGUGGUGCCUUCGGAGAACGAGAAGAUCCUCAAGGAUCUCAAGCGCGACCACUUGUUCGACUUCAGCCGCCCCACGCGCAUCAAGCCCGACACCGAGGCCAGCUCGGUCGAGAGCGCCCAGCGCGUGUUUGCCAACCCGGAGAAGUACGAGGCUGCCUGGCAUGCCGGCAUUGACGCGCUCACUCCCAAGGGCAAGUCGAAGCUCUCCGGUAACGCGGCCACCCACGACAAGCACCGCAGCGACACCAGCAAGCCGCUCGUCACCCCCGAGCUGCUGACCGCGGUCAAGAAGUUCUACGGCGACCUGACCGACGAGCUGCUCUCCAGCCAAGGCUACAAGCUGGCCGACCUCCGCAUGGCCGACCUUGUCCGCGAUAUCGCUAACAUUGUCCCCACUCACUUCGCGGCCUCGCUCUUCAACCUCCCGCUGCAGACCAAGGCCAACCCCAAGGGCCUCUACAGCGAGCACGAGCUGUACGCCGUGCUCUCGGCCAUCGCCAGCGCCGCGUACACCAACCCCGACCCGGUCAAGAAGUUCCCCUUGGUCCAGGCGGCCAAGACCGUCGCCGAGCAGCUCGCGUCGGCCGUCGAGCGCUCCGUCAAGAGCCCCAAGGCCAAGAAGGGCGAUGCCAUCAGCGCCUAUGGCGCCCAACUGCUCAAGGGCCUGUCCAAGGCCGGCCUCAACACCUUCGAUAUCACCUGGGGCCACGUUCUCGCGACCUCGGCUGCCAUCGUGCCGUACCAGGCUAAGCUCUUCACCGAAGCAGCCGCCUUCUACCUCGACCCCAAGAACGCCGCCCACCUCGAGGCCAUCCACGCGAUCGCCGCCCAGCCCGCCUCGGAACAGACCGAUGCACAGCUCCUGGGGUACGCCCUCGAGGGUGUGCGUCUGUCCAGCUCCACCAAGCUGCACUUCCAGGCUACCGCUGCCGACACCCUUGCCGGCCCCAACGGCAGCGAGCUGUCUGUGCAGCCUGGCGAUCGGGUUGCUGUUACUUCUGUAUGUUUCCCCGCCGCCGGCACCGACACCGUCGACCCCACCCGCGCCCGCGAAUCCUACGUGCACAUCGCCGCGCUCCCCAACAACACCCUCUCCCGGGAAAUCAGCGAGGCCGCUCUCACCGCCAGCUUCCGCGCCCUAUUCAAGAGGCGCAACGUGCGUCGCGCGCCUGGCCCGCAAGGCGAGCUCAAGAGUGUGGUGGGCGUCAGCGGCGUCGAGGGUGGCGUGGAGUACCUGCGCGAGGACUGGGGGUCCAAGACGGAGUUCCCUGUUACGUUGAAGGUGGCGUGGGAUGAUUGA